AUGAGCCUCAAGGCCUUUGUCGAGCGUCUUCGCAGCGGCGCCCCGCCCGAGUUUCCGCAGGACGCAAACUCGCUGCAGUUUGCCCAGAGCCUCGACUCUCAGGACUCGAUCCGGCACCUGCGCGACGAGUUCAUCCUGCCCACCAAGGCGUCGCUGAAAAAGCGAGCGUUGGACGGCACCAUUCCUGGUAAGCAGGGCAAGCAAGCCUCAUACACACAUACACAUACACACACACUCUCACUCUCUAUCUCUGGGUCUGGAGACGACGAGCAAGGCAUCUACUUUGUGGGCAACUCGCUGGGCGCGCAGCCAAAGGCCGUCCGCGAGUACGUUCACGCCCAGCUCGAGACGUGGGCGUCGGUGGGCGUCAACGGCCACUUCACCGACAUGGCCGCCUCGCCCCUGGUGCAGUGGCAGGACAUGGCCGAGGACUGCGCCAACAAGUCGGCGGACCUGGUUGGCGCGUCCCCCAGCGAGAUUGUCUACAUGGGCACGCUGACGGUCAACCUGCACAUGCUCAUGGCCAGCUUCUACCGGCCCGACGACAGGCGGCACAAGGUGAUCCUGGAGUGGAAGCCCUUCCCCAGCGACCACUACGCCAUCGAGAGCCAGAUCGUGUGGCACGGCCGCGACCCGGCGCAGAGCAUGGUCAAGAUCGAGCCCGACCAGGGCUACGUCAUCUCGACGGAAAAGGUGCUGGCCACCAUCGACGCCCACGCCGACUCCACGGCGCUGCUGCUGCUGCCCGGCAUCCAGUACUACUCGGGCCAGUUCUUCGACAUCCCGCGAAUCACCGCCUACGCCAAGGAGCGCGGCAUCGUCGUCGGCUGGGACCUCGCCCACGCCGCCGGCAACGUGGAGCUCAAGCUGCACGACUGGGACGUCGACUUUGCCUGCUGGUGCACCUACAAGUACAUCAACGCCGGGCCCGGCGCCACCGCGGGAGCCUUUGUGCAUGAGCGGCACGGCAAGGUGGAAUACAGCGGCGACGGCGACACCGAGGCGCCUACAUACCGCCCCCGCCUGGCCGGCUGGUACGGCGGCGACAAGCGCGUGCGCUUCAACAUGGCCAACACGUUCGUGCCGACCCCGGGCGCCGCCGGCUUCCAGGCGUCGAACCCGUCGGCGCUGGACCUGGCCGCCGUCUCCGCGGCGCUGUCCGUCUUCAACAAGACGAGCAUGCGCGAGCUGCGGUCCAAGGCCCUGGUGCUGACGGCCUACGCCGAGCACCUGCUGGACCAGAUCAACGCCGAGGCCGGCACGCCCUUCUUCACCAUCAUCACGCCGCGGGACCCGGCCCGGCGCGGCACGCAGCUGAGCAUCCUGCUGCGCGAGGGCCUGCUGGACGGCAUCGCGGAGGCGCUCGAGCGCAACGGCGUCAUGUGCGACAAGCGCAAGCCCGACGUGCUGCGCGUGGCGCCGGUGCCGCUCUACAGCCGGUUCGAGGACGUGUGGCGGUUUAUGCAGAUUCUGCGCGGCGCGUUGGGUCUUUGAGCGAGGGUUUCGGAAAAAGCGAGGUGUUUAGUCCUUUGAUAGCGUGACUCGAGUUUACGUGGGAUAUGAAGAUGCAUGGGACCGGGCUAUUGGAUGGGAUUGGG